CACUUAUUGAGCUUCCAAUUGAUGCGGCUAACUAAGCCUACUUUAUUCACCAAUAUCCCAGUAACAUGUGAAGAGAAAGACUUACCUGGAGAUCUCUUUAACCAACUGAUGAGAGAUGAUCCUUCAACUGUUAAUGGUGCAGAAGUUUUAAUGUUGGGAGAAAUGCUGACUUUACCACAAAAUUUUGGGAAUAUAUUUUUGGGAGAGACCUUUUCCAGUUAUAUCAGCGUUCAUAAUGAUAGCAAUCAAGUUGUAAAAGACAUAUUGGUAAAAGCUGAUCUUCAGACAAGUUCUCAGCGUUUAAAUCUUUCAGCCUCCAAUGCUGCAGUGGCUGAACUUAAACCGGAUUGUUGUAUUGAUGAUGUCAUACAUCAUGAAGUCAAGGAAAUUGGAACACACAUCUUGGUGUGUGCUGUGAGUUAUACAACUCAGGCUGGAGAAAAAAUGUAUUUUAGAAAAUUCUUCAAAUUUCAGGUUCUCAAACCAUUGGAUGUGAAAACCAAAUUUUACAAUGCAGAGAGUGACCUCAGUUCUGUGACUGAUGAAGUAUUUCUGGAAGCCCAGAUUCAGAAUAUGACAACCUCACCUAUGUUUAUGGAGAAAGUUUCAUUGGAGCCAUCUAUUAUGUACAAUGUAACAGAAUUAAAUUCAGUCACCCAAGCUGGAGAAUGUGUGUCUACAUUUGGGUCAAGAGCAUAUUUGCAACCAAUGGAUACACGCCAGUACUUAUACUGCCUAAAGCCAAAGAAGGAAUUCGCAGAAAAAGCAGGCAUCAUUAAGGGAGUAACAGUGAUUGGAAAAUUGGAUAUAGUAUGGAAAACAAAUCUAGGUGAAAGGGGAAGGUUACAGACCAGCCAACUUCAAAGAAUGGCUCCAGGUUAUGGAGACGUUAGGUUGUCUUUGGAGGCAAUACCAGAUACCGUAAACCUUGAAGAACCUUUUCAUAUUACCUGUAAAAUAACAAACUGCAGCAGUGAAAGGACUAUGGAUCUGGUUUUGGAAAUGUGCAAUACCAAUUCCAUCCACUGGUGUGGAAUUUCAGGAAGACAGCUGGGAAAGCUGCAUCCAAGUUCUUCGCUCUCUCUUGCCCUUACUCUGCUUUCUUCAGUACAGGGACUGCAAAGCAUCUCUGGCUUAAGACUAACAGACACAUUCUUAAAGAGAACAUAUGAAUAUGAUGACAUCGCACAAGUCUGUGUGGUAUCUUCUGCCAUUAAAGUGGAAAGCUGAAGGAAAUUUCCAAUGUUAUGCUUUUCAUUUAGUUUCACAGAACUGCUUUUUGUCACCUUUGUAAAAUGAUGACGUCAACAGCGAAGUAAAUGUUAUUUAAAUUUCUUUCCUGUAAAAUAGUUAAAAUAUUAAAUAUUUGUUUUGAAGA